AUGGCAGAAAACGACGCCGUGGCCGUCGAGCCAGAGGCCGUGGACAUUCCCGACACCAGCACCACCAUGCAGGACACCUCUGUGGAAAGCACGCCAGAGCCCACCGCCCCUGCUUCCCAGGACGACCAGCCCAAGAAGCCCAAGAGGCUAACGCUUCAAGAAAGGCUAGCGAUGGCGGCGAAAAAGAAGAAAAAAGCCGCCGCCGAGGAAGGCUCCGUGCCCCUGAGCCCGAAACCGGCCGAGCCAGCGCCAAUUGAGCCACUGCCGCCGGCCGAAACGGACGAAGUGGCCGAAAUCAGAAAAGAACUUGAAAAAGUGAAACUCCACAGCCAGGAGCUCCAGGAGCAGAACCGCCGGCUUGUCGCUGAAAGCAAGAAAACGGCUACAAGCGACGCCGACAAGAAAUUGGCCGAAAAGGACGCCCUAAUCCAGCAAUUGAUGGAGGAAGGACAGGCGCUUUCAGGCAAGGAGAUCAAGCUCCACGAGAAAAUCAGGGCCAUGGCGGCCACGAACGCCAAACUAGAACACUCUCUCAAGGACUACGCGUCGAAAAACGAGGAUGCGCUUCUCCGGCUUGAGGAGGUGGAGAGUAUCAUGAAAACACACAAGCUCAAGUCUGUGGACCAGCUUUUGGAGCUUUUGGAGACGAACGGGCGCAAGCUUGCGGAGGCCACGGGGGCGUUGGAGGCGGAAAAACUGAAGAACUGGGAGGCCAAGUACAAGGAGCAGCAGCGGCAAUAUGAGGCCGAGCUUCAGGAGAAACGUAAUGCCCAAAAAGAGCUCGACGAGGCCAGGCUAAAGCUCCAGAUGGCCGAGCAGCAGCAGUCGCUAGAUGUUAGGCUGAAGGAGGACACGAUUUCGUACUUGAAGGACGAGGUGAGCCGGUUGAAGGAAGAGAGCAGUGUGGAGAUAUCCCGUCUUGAAGCCAAGGUCGAGGCGCUCCGGCUGGAAAACGAGGGUUUCAUGAAAACACUGGUUACGGAGGCCACGCCCACGGAAGCUGAAGCGAAACACAUUGCGUACUCGGAGUACGCUAAAUUGUCUGAGGCUCACAAAAACCUCCAUCAGCAGUACGUCUCGUCGCAGGAAAACUGGAAGUUGAUCGAGCUGCAGCUUCUCAGCAAGGCCGAUGCGCUUCUGGAGCUGCUGAAUGCGUUGAAAAAGGCCAAGGUGAAGGCCCAGGGGGAAAUCAGGAAACUCGGUGGGCAGGUGACCAUGGCCAAGGAGGAAUUGGCCCAGGCUGUGGAGCAGCGGAAAGAGCUGGAAAAAACACUUAAGGACCUUCAGUUCCAGGUGUCGGUGAAGGAGGACGAUUACAAGGAGUUGGAGGCGAAGAAGGACGAGCUCCAGGCGAUUUUCAACACCGACAGGCACAAUUGGGAGCUCCAGGAGCAGAAGUUGAAGCAGAACAUUGAAAAGCUCGAGGAGACGGUUCAGGAGCUUCGAGAACUGAAUAUGGGCGGUUCCAACGUGGAUUCGUUUGCACAGCUGCAAUCCAGAAAACUCCGUGAUCUGGGGCUCCAUAUCAGCAUGAAUGAGGAUCCACAUACUCCUGGUUUGACGCCUGGACUCGGGCAAUUGAGCCAGCCAUCUUUCAACAAUCUGUUUGAAGCGAACAUGCUGGCUGUUUCACUCACGGAUCUUGAUCUGUUUGAGGCUACGGAGGGCCCAGUACCGGACGAUGCCCUGGUGUACUGGAGAAACCUGGCUGACAGAUCGGGAGUUCCUGCUGCUCAAGGAGGAAAGAAUAUCCAGCUUCUCAGCAAAAUGAGUGCCAACAUCCGUCGUCUCGAAAUGGAGCUUUUGGCGCUCAAAGAGGAAAACGAGAUGCUUUCUUCUCAAAAGGACGAAGCCCAGCAGGAAAUCGUUGCCCAACAGGACCUCAGCACGAAAUUGGCGCUGCUAGAAGAGGAAAUCGAACGGUUGCAAAAAGAGAUUGAAAAGAAGAAGGAGAGAGAGGCGACGCUCCUUGACGUCAUUGGCGAGAAGUCCAUGCUUGUGGAGGAACUCCGGGCCGAUUUGGGAGCGGAACACCCCAAUCACUCGGGUGACGCCGGCAAAAGUCCGAAUCGUCAAUCCGCCGUUCUCACGCCUAACACGGAAUUGAACAUCCAAAAGCGCAGAAGACCUUCCUACGGCACCAUUGAGACGGACCGAGAAGCUUUCUACAACUUGGAUUACCCGGAGGACGAUGCCGAGCUUCAACAGCACCAAUUGGACCCAAACCACCGCUUCUACUCCAGAUCCAGACCCAGAUCCCUCAAUUUGCCCGGAUUGCUCCCUUACAAGCCCGAAAACCCUCGUGAUAGAGCCAAAUUCCUCAGUCAUAUAGUUGCACAUCUAUAUAUCGCAGUAAAGAGCUUGGAUAUUCAGGGCUCUGUCUCCAUCACCGCCAAAGACUUGGCCUCGCUUAGAAACGUGGCAGGGCUUUCUGACAUUGAUCUCGCUUUAGAAACAAACCUUUUCGAGAUUGGCAAUGACAAUACCCGUGUGGCAGAAGACGAAGAAACGAAUACAUUCUUCUCACAAGAAGACUUGGAUGUGGGUGGAGAGGACGACGACGAGUACGAGGACGAUUCCGAGAUGGAAGAGGACGAUGACGACAUCAAGGAAAGCGUUGACGAUUUUGAUUCCGGAGAAACCUCCCAGCACAAGAAGUCGCCCAAAUCGGCUGCAGUGGUUUCCACCAAGAUCUGGACCCACGAGCUUCUAGUCUGGCUCAAGAUGAAAUACGACAUGCCCUUGCUGCUCAGAAUGGCGCUAGCUCGUGUGUACUACGCCAUCUGCUGUUGCAGAGGUCAGCAUUUGAACCUCCGAAUCUACAUCAAGAUCUUUGAGCUUCUCACGAAAGAUGUUGAACUUUUGCGGAGCGCCGGGUUAGAGCUUCCAUGGAAACCAGUUUUCCUCGAACUCGUGAACCACUUUCCCGGCGUUGAUGCCUCUUUUGAGCCAUUCGAAAAGAAAGACAUGAACUACAUGCUCAAGAUUGCCGAACGUGCCUCCAGCUUUUACCCUGCAGAGGCCUUGCCAGAGAUCUUUCAGCACUUGGGCAGUCGAUUCUCCAUCCCCAACGCCUCUUUGGUUUUAUCCACCAUGUGCAUGCUCCCAUUGACAUUCCAAGAUGACCCUACCAGCGAAUACGAUAUCCGUCACUACGUUCCUGCCUUGUUCGUGAUGUGGUCCAAACUCAGCCGUUCCCAUGGCGUUGAUUCUCAUCUCACAGCCCGCUUGGGAACAAUCGCCAUGUCCUACCUCACGAAGCUUGCUAAAAACCCUUCCAUUGCGAAUAACCAGAGCCGUUUUGGUGUUUUCAACGAGCUGCAAUUCUUGUACUUGAUCAAUACCCUCAUAAACAGCUUGAGCAUUAAUUACGAGAAGUACGGCUCUCUCAAGACGAGGUUCUUCCACGGUUUCUCAAGUGCAAUUGUCUUCUCUAUUGAUGCUGAAAAUAGUUUGGGUGAGGAUGGAAUCAUGGGCCAUAUCGAGACCCUUUUGAACGCAAUUGAGAGUUACGUGCAUCCUUCCAACAGCGGAGAGUGGUCGAGACCGAUUUCCAAGUUCGUCUUGAGCUUGAUCUAUCAGUUCCAAAAGAGGUUUAAUCUCGAAAGACAACCCACUGCCACCCUCUACACAUUGGACGAAAAACACAAGUUGUCGACAGAGGUUGUUUCACGUUUCGUCAAAGAUCUUUUGCCAAUUGUCAAAACAGGUAUACAAUCGAAGAAAGCCAGCGCGGUUGACGAUUACCUUGUUUGCAUGAAUCUCCUUGCAUCAAUGGACCCUGACCAGGUUUUGUCAGGAAUUCUCAUUGACCUAUAUGAGUCUCUAGAAGGUGUGAUUUCGACGCACAGAGUCGUUACUGCCCUCCGUUGUCUCGAUGAAUGUGUCAGGUAUUUUGCCAGCACUCCAGUAUACAGAGUUCACUUGACUCGUUUAUUCACUUUGGCAUUACCAGGUAUUGACUCUAAUGACUUGACGAAAACCAUGCAUACCCUUGAAGCUUUUGCGGCAAUGGCUAGUUUUGUACCCAUUCAUGAUCUCACCGAUGGCUGUGGAGAUUCCAAUUUGGCGAUUCAAUUCACCUCUUCUCAGAUGGACCACCUCCAGUCUAAGCUAUACAACAAAGAGUCUGACUUCCCCUUUGACAUCACUCCCGAAUUGGAGGAAGAAGCUGUCAAGUCAGCAUCCACAGCAUUCAAAUUGCUCAUGAAGACAUUCCUCGAACGUGUGUUCUUGCUUCUAAGAAAUAUCCCAGACCCCUCCAAGAGUAACGGCAUAGAGAAAGACCUCUGUGACUGUCUUCCAAAAUUCCUUUUCAUCAUGAUAGAGUCCAUGUCAGACGACAUCUUUAAGAGUUUCCGUGAGCAGGUGUUUAGCUUCGUUUACGAUAACUCGAUACACUCUAUCGCAGAUGUGGUUGGUGAGAUUUGCGGUGGCGUCAUCAAGAGAGACCCCAAAUACUUCAAGCAGGUUGCACCCAUCUUAAUUGACCGAGUUAUGGAGGAGGUUUCCGAGAAUGGCGCCGGAAAAGUAAGAACUGGUAUUGAUAUCGAACCACUUGACGAGGCGCUCUUUUGGAAUUUGAUUAUUCUCAACGAGUGUAUCGGCAAUGCGGGUGAGAUGGUCGUUGCUGUUGGCUCAAAGCUCAAUAAGCUCUCCUACUUUUUGAUGGAUAAUGUGAAGGGAUCAGUGGUUUUUGCCAGCACUUACAUGCUAAACCAAAUGCUUCAAGCCGUCACAAAGAUGAGAAUCAAUGAAACCAGACUCAUCAACCCAUCUUAUGCCGAGAAACACGGCGUCGAUGCCAAGUGUUGGGGUGGAUUCCAAUUUGACGAUUACAGGUUUUCGAAAGAGAACCUCACUUUUGACUGGUUCAUCCCUGACGAGAAAUGCGUUCGCUUUGCUGUGGACACCUUCAAGGCCCACAUUUCAAAAGCUCUUCAGAAUAUUCUGAGAGUUCUCAAGGAAAUCAUUAAAACGAAGGAUUCCACUUCGCAGAUUGCUCUUGAGUUAUCUGACGAACUCAGAGUAAAUUUGCUUUACUUGGGCUAUGGUGUUAGUGGUUCGUCUUAUCUUUUUGAUCCUUCUUUUGAGGAGGACAUACCCCGUUUGAACGAACACAAGUACGAAUCCUUACAACACAGGCUUCUUCUUCUCAAGCAACUUCGCGAUCUUAAAGGUUGCAAAUUUAGCACCAAGGACGAGGCACGGAUUGAGAACGUACAAGAAAACUUACAAAAGAUUGUGGAUGAUAUCGAGGGCAAGGAUAUCAUUGAUUUCACCGAUGAGCUUGAAAAGACUUUUGAUAUCGACAUGUCUCAGUUCGUGGACUCCCAGAAAAAUGACUCCAAUGAAAGCCUUAAUGAGAAGCAACCGAUCUUCAGAAGACCUGCCGACGCAGGAGCCGAGACUAGCUCCUUAAGUCAGUCGAAGUCGCCAAUCAGCGAGUCUGCAAGAGCAACCCCAAUGCUCGGUGGAGUCGACCUCACAACUUUAAACCCCGCAAUCACAUUCCGUGAACGCAAAAUCUACACUAGUAGAUACUACUUUGGAGAUGAUAUCGAGCAGCGCAGAGCCAAUGAAAUGUACCUUGAAAUCCACAGAACAAGGCAUUUGGUUGGUAAGAGUUUGCACAUCAUCUUCAAAUUCAUGACCACCCACCUUUACGACAAUAUUCGCAUUUUUAAACAUUUACUAUACGUGCUUGAUAUAUGGUUUGCUGACGUUGGUCGUGAGAGAAACUUGGAUUACAGUCACGCCAGAAUUUCCUUCAGAUACUUGAGCGACAUUCAAGAGCUCAACAGGAUCAGGAAACCAUUCACAAGAUUAACAUUCGGAAGCAGAAUCGAGUCAUACCAUCAGAUGCGUGUGGCAUUGCACGCAACUUCAAGAAACAUGUCUGACCUCGAUCGCAUCUUAAUCGAGGAUUUGUCAAGAGCUUCUUGUUCAACUUACCUGGCUAUCGCAGACCGUGCACAAGCAACUUUGCUUGAUGCGAUGAAGCGUGUGAAUAACUCCUACAAUGUGAUCAUCAAGACGACUUUCAAGAUCUUAUCUAAGGCUUUAGAUGAGGACAAUCACAAGAAGAUCGAGAGUGGAUUGAGUAUCUUUGAGCUCAAGCGCAUCAAAUCCAAGAUGCAAGGAGACUUCACCUACCUUGGUAAAUACAUCGACAUUUUGCACCGUUCCAUGCUAGUGGAUCGUGUGGAGGUCAGCGAUUUGGCACAAAAGUUGUUCCACAAUCUAUGUGGUGCCAUUUCUUUACCAAGCAGGGUUUGCUUGAUUGAUGAUGCCUUGGUUGACAGUAUCAGACCUCCCGACGAAUUCAUUGAUUUGGAAAUCAAGGCAGUAACACUUGCGAAAGACAAGAAGAGAGAUGUUUACUCCGACAAAUUAAGCAAAAUAGAGGAUGGGCUCAUCGUCAACGAGAAGCAAAAUAGCCACUGGAAAUUAAGCUCUCUUAAUUUGCUGUGUUUGAUCGAGAUCCAAGUCGAGUAUGGUUCACCAACGAGGAAUGAUGUCUUUCAGUUGUUGACCAAAGCUUCGUCAAGCGACCAUCCACUCGUCUCGCGCUUGGCUUUGAAAGGUAUCAGCAAGUUGCUCAACAAGCUCUUUUUGCUAGGCUCUUUCGAUUACAGCUUGGAGAAUGCCUACGACUUGACUCAUGUCAUGAGAGACUACAAGGUCGUCGAUACGCUGCCAAAGAAUGGUGUUUCGUAUUCUGAAACCUGGAAGAAGGAGCUUCGGAAUGAAAGCAACCCUGAUUACUUCAUUGACCAAAAAGCCAACUGUGGUUGGCUCUUCUGGGAUGACUCCAUGAUUGCAGUGAGGCCAGAGCCGUUGAUAGACCUCAAUUUGAAUGAGCAGGAUCAGCAGGUUCUCUCUGGCUUUGCGUCAUGCGUAACACCAAAAUGGUUCCGUAACAUCGUGAACUUGUGGGUGACUGAUAAUGAAGCCAAUGCUGCCUUCCAAGGUACCGACGUUUUUGCAACCGCUGGCAUUGUUAUGUUGAUAGCUACCGGAACAAUUCAAAACUUCCUGUUUGAGGAGUUCUUGGAAAUCGUGAGAGAGGUUUACGUUCCAGAUGACAAGGGCUCACAUAUCGUUAUUUGUGAGUUGAUCUCGGGUAUGCUUAUUGCAUCGAAGAGCACUACGCACGAAAUGGCAAAGAAGAGAGAUGACUUUUUGGUUCCGUUCUUGACCAACAUUUUCGAGAAGGAUUUGACAUCUGAAACAAAGAAUAUCUGGACCAUUUUCUCCUGGUGGGUACCAUCCCACAUCGAUUGCAAGCGAUUCCCCAGAGUCACAAAGGUCUUGGUUGACUUCAAGCUCACCGAUGAUUCCGAUUCCGCCUUGACGAAGGCCACUCGUUUAAGCUACCUUCGUUCUGUGGUUGUCUCCAUGACCUGGGCGUUCCCUAAUCCAGACGAUAUUCUUGAGUUGUGUUUCAGCAAUCUCAACAACAAAUACCAAGCUGUUAGAGAGCAGAUUGGAUCUUUGAUUGCUGUGACGUCCUUUUCCUUCUACGGUGAAUCGAUGAAGGACAGUGCAACAUUUGUCGCUGCUUGCAAUACUGAGCCUGAAUUGAUGUAUAAAAGAAGCAUGAACCAUCUUCUUUUCGAAAAGCUCCCAUCGAUCUUCGACCAAAUUGAGGUGUGGAGGAAUGAAGUCAAGGACUUGCCAGCUCAUGAAAUUUUGAAUUCCAACUACAUUUGUGCCGCAACAACAGUGCUCAGCUGGUUGACUCAAGCCCUCAACACAAGUAUUGCCAUCCAGUACCAAGACUUUGUCAGCAAGUACAUUGCACCCUUCCUUUUGCACUUAACGGCCAUGAAGGAUGUGUGUCAAUUGGGAAACAUUGAACCCAUUUCAGCAUUCAAGAAGGUUUCUCAAAUUCCCUUUGAACCCCAUUGCUUAGAAGAUGUGGUCACAAUGCUUGAAGGGUACAGCAAGGACGGCUUGAAUCACGUUCAGUACUUUAUUCUUGGGGAAUUCACGGAAACUAUCUACUUCAAGAACCUAUUCUUCUUGACCAGAUCUCAGAGAGAGCGUAUCUUUGAGUUGACGGUGACCUUGAUGUACCACAAGAAUGUUGAAAUUCGUGAGGCCGCGUCGUCGACCUUCUCUGGUUUGGUUCACACUUCACCACCCGGAAUUGUUGAUGAAAUUGUUGAAAACUACAAGAAGCGUUUUGUUGCCGACUUGGACCGUGUCAGAAAGCAGCACCGGAAAUCAGGAUUCAAAAACGUCACAAACGCUGAAACCAUUUCCAUGCACGGAGCUACUCUCGGCUUAGGUGCCCUUGUUCAUGCAUUCUCGUUCCAGUCUCCACCACCACCUUGGAUUCCAGAACUUUUGACACUCUUAUCCAACAAGGCAUCAGGUGUUGUUGGAGUCGUUGGAAGAACAGCAAAGGAUGCGUUGGGCAAAUUCAAGAAAACCCGACAAGAUACAUGGCAUGUCGAUAGCAAGGUAUUUUCCGAAUCACAGAUGCAAGACUUGGAAGGCGUCUUAUGGAAGAGCUACUUUAUUUGA